GCAUAUCAACAUAAUCUUUACUUUUAAUUAUUGUUUACCAAUUUCAUAUUUAUAGUUUAUUUAAACAUUGCAUUCAUUCAAUCAUAAAUGCGAUUUAAUAUAAAGAUGCAAAUCAAAUUCUUGUAUUGAAGAAAAAUGAAAUCAUGGAAAUAGAGCAAUGCUAGGAUUACCCGAAUCGGUUGAUAAAAUUGCUGGACGUUCAGAAACAACAGUAUUUAAAGAUGCCAAGAUUUACCAAGCAAAAGCUAGUGCUGACUGUGGCAUCAGUUGCUUUAUUAGUGUAUUGCUUUCGGAACUGGGAACCUUUGAAAAGAGUAGAUUCAAAUAUUCGAAAUGACAAAUAUAAAACUGUAUCAAGGAUUAAAAAAAAUACAGAAAAUAAAUCAAUUGAAUUAGAUAUGGAAGCAUUCAAACAAUCUAGAACCAGGACAGUCUUUUACAAUCGUGUCGGAAAGUGUGGAAGUAGAGCUCUUAUGGCGUUAGUUAAUCAUCUGUCUGGUCGCAACAAUUUUUGGGUCCAGGAAUCACUGGUAACGGCAGUUGAACAUCCAGGUGUUUAUGAGUCUUUGCAAGAAAUGAUGACGAUUAAUAACCUUGUUCCACCCUCGUUUUACAACAGGCAUAUUCAUUAUUUAGAUUUUAAACGAUAUCAUCUCAAGAAGCCUAUUUAUAUUAACAUGAUACGAGACCCGAUUGAAAGAUUUGCUUCUCAUUAUAAUUAUCUCAAAUACGGAGACCUUCAGGGCGAAGUAAAAACUGGUUCGCAAUCUGACUUGGAAGAUAUAAACGAUUGUGUAGACAAAAGUGUUGGAGUCUGUGAUCCUAAUUCUGAAAUGAUGUUUUACAUAGGAUUGUAUUUUUGUGGUGUGCAUGAUCCUCCAUGUUUACAACCGGAUGAACAUAAGAGAGUUGAAAUUGCAACAACACACAUUGACGAAGACUAUUUGUUCGUGGGUAUCUUAGAAGAAUUUGAAACAACUCUUUUACUAUUAGAAAAAUUGUUGCCGGGGUAUUUCACAGGGGUGAUGAAAGUACGCGCUUUUCAAAAUUUUCAGCAACGAAAAAAUGAGACCGCAACUAGAAAGCAAGAUUUUCUUACAGACAAAUCUAGAGAAAAGUUACGAACGAUUAAUAUGGUGGAUGAAUAUAAAGUUUAUUUCCACGUUAAAGAAAAAUUUAACAAAUUGAAGCAAAAAUUUGGCAUUUCUUGAUGUCGUGUAUUAUAAUAAAAAGUUUUGUUGUUGCUAGAAAUGUUAUCUUUAUAAAUUUCACGUACUUAUUAAAUGCUAUGCAUCUCUUGAAUGUUAAUUUCGUGUGCAAAUAGUGCAAAGCUUAUUUCAUAUGGACCUUAACGGUCUGGAAUAAUAAAUGGAUUGAAAUAUUUA